AUGAUUGACCGCAACUCUGUCCCAAAGGCUAAGCGUAUUGCCCAAGUCGCCUGCUCCAUCCUCUGGUGUCUUUUCGUAGCCGGCACCUCGUUUGGCUUUGCGGCUCUUAAGCCUGUGCUGGUGUCCGAAGGCGUGUAUCGUGAACGCUGCACCCCAGACGAAGUUGAACACAAUGUUCACAUUUGCCGCAAUCAGGAACUGGCCCUGAACAUGAUGUUCACCAUUGCUGCCGUCGUUACAAACAUCUCGGCCCUCGUGGUUGGCUCCGCUCUCGACAUUUACGGACCCCGCUUCUGCGGUGUUCUCGGAUCCUUCCUCGUUGCUGCAGCGUGUCUGGUGCUUCGUGGAGCUGCCUCCAACACCCUCUUUGACGGUUAUGUUAUUGGCUACGCUAUGUUGGCUCUUGCCGGUCCCUUCACCUUCAUCUCAUCCUUCCAUCUGUCAAAUGCUUUCCCCCAGUCCUCUGGUCUCAUUUUGGCCCUCCUCACUGGUGCCUUUGACUCCUCAUCCGCUGUCUUCCUCUUUUACCGUCUGGCUUACCAGUCCUCUGGUGGUACCUUCUCUCUUUACAAGUUUUUCACACUUUUCUUAGCUGUUCCUAUCUUCAUCUUUGUCAUUCAGGUAACUAUCAUGCCCAAGGAGUCUUAUGCUUCACCCUCUAGUCCUACCCCAGAGAAGAUUCGUCGCAUGUCUUAUGCCGCUCUUCCAGACUCUGUCAUCCAGACUGAAUCUUACCGCUCUCGUCACGCCUCCUUUGUCGACAGCACUGGUGCUGCUGGCCCCUCUUUCCUUGGCGACUCCGCCAUUGAUGAUGUCGAAGAGCAAGAACCCACUGAACACAGUCCCCUUGUUCGUACCAACACUAACCUGUUGGUCCAUUCCGAAACCAUUGAGGAAGCCACCAUUGCAUCCAAGAUUGAUAACAACGAAGUUUCCCAUGAUAAGCCUGGUUCUAUUGGAAAGCAUGCUGGUGUUUGGGGUGUUCUUCACGGCCAAUCUGCUGCCUCCCAGCUCAAAACUCCUUGGUUCUGGUUCAUGGCUCUCUUCACCACUAUCCAAAUGCUUCGUAUCAACUACUUUGUUGCUUCCGUUCUUUCCCAGUACACUUACCUCCUUGGUGGCUACGAAAAGGCUGUCCAACUUAACAAGUUCUUUGACGUUGCUUUGCCUCUCGGUGGUCUUAUCUCCAUCCCCUUCAUUGGCCUUGCUCUCGACAAUCUUUCCACCUUUGGCGUUCUUUCCGUUCUCCUUGGUGUCUCCACCACCUUUGGUGUUCUCGGCAUGAUCCCUAACUCGUUCCUUGCCGGUGCUCUUAACAUUUCUCUUCUCGUCGUUUACAGACCCUUUUACUAUACCUCCGUCUCAGACUAUGCUGCUAAGGUCUUUGGCUUUGAAACCUUUGGUCGUAUCUACGGUGUUAUUAUUUGCAUUGCCGGCGUCCUCAACGUCCUCCAGGCCCAGCUUGAUGCAACCACCCACAACGUCUUUGCUGGUAACCCAACUCCAGUAAACAUCAUGCUUGUCUCCAUUACCAUCGUUAUUGGUAUUUCCUUCCUUACCUACGUCAAGGUCCAGGUCAAGAGAAUUCAACGCAAGAGUCUUGAACAAGAAGCUCAAGUUGCUCCUGUCUUGAAUACUCCUUAA